UUGAAGGGCGGCUGCAGAAGAAGAAGAAGAGGAAGUGUUGCUAAUGGAGGUUACUUGUUGAAUUUCAUCACAGCGAAGUUCACUGUCGCUUCCUGCUCGUUUCUCUCUGCGGAUCCUCUCGAGUUCCCCCGCGUUGCCCCGCCGAAGACUCGCCGCUUCUCGGACCUCCACUGUUGACAAAAUGCGGGACCGGACCAAAGAGUUAGGAAACAAGGCCGAGGACUCGGAUGAUGAAAAUGAGGACAAAGCUCUGAUGAUCACGCCUGGAACCUCUUCAGCCAAAGAGGAGAAGGAGAGCGAAGCCUUCUUCAAAAAGGUGCAAGAAAUCCAUGAGGGGCUGCAGAGUCUCAGGAGGAUCGUGUCGGAGCUGGAGAACAAACAGAAAACGGUGCUCGGUGAAGCGCUGCCCAUGGAGAGUAUGAAGAAAGAGCUGCAGACUCUUCGAGACGAAUUCAAAACUCAGGCGAGUCAGAUCCAGAAAAAACUGAAGAGUAUCGAAUCCAAGAAGUCCGAGGAGGAUGGAAAAUAUGUGCCCAUAAACGUUCGGAUGCAGCGAACGCAGCACGGCGUCUUGUGUAAAGAGUUUGUGGACCUGAUGGGUCACUGCAACACCAUCCAGGCCCAGUACCGAGACCGCAACGUGGAGAGGAUACAGAGGCAGCUGAGAAUCACUGGGAACGACGUGUCGGACACGCAGCUGGAGGUCAUGCUGGAAAGUGGGCAGACGGAUGUUUUCACUCAAAAUAUCCUGAUCGAUGCUAAAGCUACGAAGCAGGCUCUGAACGACAUCGAGUCCCGGCACGACGAGAUCCUGAAGCUGGAGAGGAGCAUCCGAGACCUGCACGACAUGUUCCAGUACCUCGCCAUGGAGGUGGAGGCCCAGGGAGAGAUGGUGAACCGGGUUGAAAACAACAUCAACCAGUCCACCAACUUUGUGGAGAAGGCGAAGGAGAACACGCAGAAAGCCGUCACGUAUCAGCAGAAAGCACGAAAGAAGAAGCUUUGGAUCGCCAUCUGUCUGGCCAUCCUCGUCCUCAUCUUAGUCAUCACGUUGGUCAGCACCUUCGGCACCUAACCCCCGGCAGCCGGAGUCGGAGAUCGUUUGGCAGAAGCACAUUAUUGGUUCACAACCCCCCAAUAUGUAAAUACAUCGGCUCACAGGAUGAACAGGAUCGUUUGAACAGUGGAUUUUCUCUGUCAAUGUCCUUUCUUAUCCUCUCCCACAUUUAAACCUUGUCUUCCUCUAACCUCCCUGUCGUCCCAUCGGGCCUUUUCCUCUCCUCUAAAGAAGAGAUGUGCUCUCGGUUGUUUUAACUCACAAGUGACAACAGCCCCGCCUGCGUCUCUGCUCCCCCCCCCCCGACCUCGUCAGACCCUGGACCACGGCGACGCAGAGACCAGGACAAAUUUUGAACUUUUAGGUCAGAGCCACUUCCGCUCCGACAUUAAAAAAAAAAGAGGAAAGUGUCCUUGAGGGCACGACGCAGUAUUGAAACCUGACACUGGCGCUGAACAUACUGUACUCAGGAAAAGUGUGCGAUGAUUCUUGUUAUGUUUUUUUGUUUCUAGGAAGAAUUGGAGGCGUAAAAAAAAACCUGUUUUAAUAGAGUACAGCUUUUUUUUUGGUUUAUAGGCUAAUAUAAUUGUACAUAAUAAUUUAGCUGAGGAUUUAAGACAAACUUUAUGCAGAGGAUUUUUUAAAACUUGAACAGUGUUUCAAACUGCCAACAUGUGAGAAGUGUAAAUGCAGAAUUUUUUUAAUUAUGAGAUAACGCCCCCCCCCCCUUUUUAUUUUUCCUCGAGGCGUCUCAGGCCCGAGUUCCCUUUUACUCGUCCGACCAGUUUGUAUUUAUGAUUUAAACGUUGUCGCGUCGGCUGCUACUUGAGAAGUUCAGUUGUUUUUUGUUUUCUUUCUAAACUGUGCCUUCUGCUUCAUGUCCAGCUGAGAAUGUGAUGUUGUGCACUAACGUUGUGAAGAAGGGACGGAGCCGGUGAUGGCUUAGGGAACCCUUCACAUCACAGCGUCUCCCGAGUCCUGAACUCUGAUCGGACUUUGUUCUUCUUCAGGUUUGUCACUUCGUGCAGCGUCUCCCAUGAUCCUUCAGGGUAACGAGCGCAGCAGCACGAUGCGACAAACCAGGAACGAGAAAUAGACCGAAACAGUCGAAGGACGCUCGGUCCUCACGUCUCCUCUGGAGCCAGAAAACAGCAGCGACUCUGCUACUGUGACAUUAUGACGUUUAAUUUCACAUCACAUCCUUAUUUUAAUAUAGAUUGUUUUUAAAAUAAAAUAUGUUCUAUUAUCCUG